UGCCCGGUCACGUGACCAUCAGAUUGUUGUCCGCUGCGGCCCGUCGGCAGAGAAGAGGAAAUAAGCAGCAGAGGUGCGUUCGUGUCCUGCACACUCGACGAGAGAGGGUCCGGUCGGAAUUUUGAACGCCAAGAGCAGACAUGAGCGUCGUGUCCCAAGGUGAGGUCGCAGGAGGUGAGGACCUCACUCCCGACUCCGGCGUCUCAGCAGAGUUCCACGCCCUGAGCCCUGAAGAACAGGAGGAGCAGAGGCGUCAGUGGCAGGCCGAGUUGGCCAAAGUCGAGGACGAGAUCGCUACCUUCAGACAUGUCCUGGCCUCGAAGGUCAAGCAGGCCAACGACCUCAAGCGGAAACUGGGCAUUUCAGUAUGGAAGGAGCUGCAGGAUGACAUGUCCCAAGGACUGAAGAAUGUCAAAGAAACUGCCGUUGGUUUUGGUUCCAGUUUCCAGAAAACCGAAUCAGUGGUAAAGACUGCAGCUGAAAAGACGACUUCGAUUUUGGGUGGCUUUGGCGUCGGCUUCUCAAGCAAGAUCGGGCAACUGAAAAAUUCAGAAUCGUUUCGCUCGUUCGAAGAGAAAGUUGGAUCUGCCUAUGAGAACGUCAAGACUCGCGUCUCCUCGAGGUCAAACUCUGUGACUAGCUUUGACGACGCCCUUCGCGAGGCUGACGGCCACAGACCAACUCCUCUUGCCUCGCCGACCAUCCCUGAAGAUCGCCCACUCCCAUGAAUUUCGCUUCAACUUCUGCUCGCCUAAACUUGACAAUUCUUCUCAAUCAAGUGCAAAAAUCACGUCCAAUCAAUUAAAUUCUUGCUGAAAAUAGCAACCCUUUUUUCCUAAGUGCUAUUUUUGUCUCACUAUGAUGAACGAGGGGAGCAAGUCUGGGGUGUCUAUCGAGAAAAAAUAUAAACCACCCAUUGGAAGUAUUUUUACUCAACCAUCAUAGUAGAGCUCUUCUCAUUAGUUGAUUUAUUGUAAUUGUUUACCAACAAAUAAGUUCGCGUACGGGAGGGCUAAACUCGGAAGAUAGGGAUAAAAUAAAUGUAUCCCAUCAAAUGUUGACUUGAUUAUUCAAAUCUCACCUGGGAAACCGAUUGAUAAUAAUAUUAUAAAGAAUAUUUAUCUCUUGCAAUUGAUGUGUACUGCGCGUGCUUUAAUUAAAUUGUAAUGGUUUAAUAAAGUUAAUCUCACAUAGAA